AUGCCGUUCAACAAGCAGCAGAACCUGUCCAACUUCGUCACAGGUAUCGGUCUUUAUGACCAUUCAUCUCCAGCAGUCGUCACUUUCCAAGGAAAACUCUUUGUCUUCUAUGUUGGAAAAGGAGAUGACGGUAUCUUCUAUACUUCCAUGAAAGAUUGGAAGUGGGAGCGCAUCCAACAUAUCAGCGACAGGAACAUCGGUGUCGCGAACAACACCUCUCCCUCUGCUGUUGCCUUCGAGGGCAAACUUUACCUCUUCUUCAAUGGAAAAGGUAAUGACGGCACCUUUUAUACCAUCUUUGAUGGUUCUAGCUGGUCAAAGCUCCAUUCUGUCAGCAUUGAAGUCGGCGGUAUGGGAUUUCUGCCUGGAACCUCGCCAAACGCCACUGUUGACCAGGAUGCCAUCCAGCUUUUCUGGAGUGGCGCUGGUAAUGACGGUAUCUUCCAUGCCAGGUUUGAUGGUGAUAAGUGGGGUCCAGUUGGCCAUAUCGACAAUGUCGGCAUAGCCCCAGGGACCAGCCCGUGCGCUGUCUUCUUCAACAAAAAGCUGCAUGUCUUCUGGAGUGGCCGUGGCGGUAACGAAACCUGGUACUGCACCAGGGAAGACGGUGGUUGGAGUCAGCAGCACUCUGUGUCAGCCCAGAUUGGAGGUCAGGGUUACUAUCCCGGCACGAAUCCCACGGCUAUUGUGGAAGACGAUAAACACCUUCGGCUGUUCUGGGUUGGCUCUGGUGGACCUGAUCAGGGACUCUGGUAUUCUGACCACAAAUUGAACCCGUACUCCUGGACUGGUCAGAGAAACCUGGGUAAUGAGAUUGGCGGGCAGCAUUUGAAGAAGAUGUCAAGUGCUUGUGGGCUCAAGUAUGACAAAACGACUUAUGUCUUCUGGGAGGGUCCUGAUCAGGAAAUCUGGCUUACCUAUCAGCUUUCCGACUGA